UCACAGCCAAGCACACAGAACUCGACAGACGUUCAGAGCACUCACAGCAAAAGCCACCAGCAACCCCAAACAACCAAAGGAUAACACUCAAUUUUGGAUUUCUAACGAUAAUCAAAACCAGAUUAAACCACAAAAUGCAUCUAAAGCAACUGUACACAUGGGCCUGCCUCCUGCUGAGCAUCAUUGCCUGCAAGCUGUCGCAGUGCAGCGCCAAGCCCACAUACUAUGACCUGGAUAGCUACGAGAACUAUGACACCGAUCGCUAUGACCGGGACAGCGGCAACUCGUACGCCUUCACCUACGGCAAGCCUCUGACGGAGAACCGCCUGAAGAAGCUCAAUCCGGGCUACUACUACGUGGAUGAUGGCUACAUUGCGCCCGUCUCCACCGGCACCAGAACCAACACCCGUCGCCAAGACGCCAGCCUACAGUACGCCCCUCUGUCCACCAACGUGAAGUUCACUCCACUCGUUCGCGUUAGAGAGACGCGCACCAAGCGCAAGAAGCUCUUCGUGCCCAACUUCUUUGGCUAGACGGAGCUGCUCCUAACCGCAUGUGAGAGUACAGACUGACGCUGAUCGUUAAGCAUUAGAAUAGGGAAUAGUUAUUAUUGUAUUAGUAGUGAGUGGCAAGCCAAAUAGUACCUUAUACUGUUAAAUAUUUUAUACGAAUCUAUCUAAAUUAUAUUUAUAUCUGAAAUACCCCCAAAUCUCCAUCAAUAAAUGGUUCACCAAAUUGAUUAUAAA